AUGGGCUCCACGCCGGAGGAGUUCCCGGGGCAGGGGCCCCUCGAGGCUGAGCCGUUCUCCCCCUCCGUCUUCCUCGACCUCCCUCCGACGCCCAGCGAGGAGGACGCGGCGGACUCCACGGACGACCUCGCGCUCCCUUUCAUCUCGCGCAUGCUCAUGGAGGACAUCGACGACAAGUUCUUUUACCACUACCACGACCACCCCGCGCUCCUCCAGGCCCAGCAGCCAUACGCCCAAAUCCUCUCCGAUGCCGCCUCUGCCGCCGCCGAUUCUUUCACCACCAACACCAACGGAAGCGGCGCUUGCACCCUCACGCCGUCCCCCGAUGCCCCGGCGUUCGCCAACGCCGCCUGGCCCUACGACCCGGUCGAGCUCUCCCAGCAGCUCCUGUCGUCGCCACGCCGAGGAAUGGGAGCGGGAAUCGAUGACUUCACCGCAGAUGGUGGCAACCAACUUUUGUUGCCCCAGCAAGACGCCCGCAACCACAGUGCGGAGUUCUUGGAUGGUGCGGAGGAGACAACUACAACGACCACCUGGGAACUCGACGCGGUGUCCUCGACCUUCUUCAGUGGCCGGAGCAGGGUAGACAUGGACAUGCUCAACCAGGCGUUCCAUAGGGGCAUGGAGGAGGCCAAAAAAUUCUUGCCCAUUGACAAUAACAACAUCCUUCUCUCGAGCCUCGAGGCAGUAGUAAUCUGUCGCAAACCUGUACCGCAGACGAUAUGA